AUGCACGAAAAAACAAAAUUGAGUUCGCAGAAAAAAAUUAAGACCCUUUUAGUUUUCAAACUUACAAAGGAUGAAAAAUCAAUGUUCAAUGAGCAAAAGAAAAGGAUUGAUAUAGUUACAAGGAGACAACAUACUUUACCUACCGAUAUUAAUAGACAUGUUGAUGACAGCGAUUCCGAGAUUACUUGUAGCUCAGUUAUGGCAAAUAGAACAAGCAGACCUAACGGACAAGCAUCAACAAUAGCCAACAUUCAGGAUAAUGAAGACAGUAAUGAUAGACUAAGGGUAAUAGAGUAUAAUUCUAAACUCCGGUCAAAUUACAAGGAUGGAAAAAAAGGAAAGAGAAAACGUAAAUUAAUUGAGUACGAUUAUGGCGAAGAGGAUCAUGAUUUAGACAAUAACAAUCAACUAAUACAACUACCAGAACCGAGAUUGAAUGUUCAAUAUAUUGGUAGAAGUUCAGAUAAGUCAGCAAAGACGAGCAAAAUGAGAACUUCUCCUUUUGCUUCUUAUGACUAUAGCGAAGAUGUAGAAAGCAAAAAGCAUUUAUGCUCGUUAAUAUUAGAGAAUUUUGACAAUCUAAACAUAAUCGAAUUAUUUAAUGAAGAAGCUAAUAUUUUGCUACAGCUACAUUUGUUUCAUUUAUACGUCUAUUCCGUAGUUCACGAUCAAGAUAAAACUUUUUUGGAAACAAAUAACGGUCUUUUCAAUUCAGGAACAUUUAUCAAAAUACUAAACAACUUACUACAGGUGAACGAAUUAAACCAUAAUUUCAAUGCAACGUUCACACCGGGCGAUAAUAUAGUGACUCAAAAAAAGAACAAGAAAGAAAGAAUUACUGAAAAGAUAAACGUGCCUAAUAUCAUAUUGAAAAGAUUAGAUAUUCCCAACGAAAGUUAA